GAUGCCCAAGGUCCACCUCCUCUGGGCUCCAGGAGCUCGCGGGCUUUGGCUGCAGCCUGCGAGGACGCCGCGGAGCGCAGGUGUGCACUCCCAGCCCGGUCCGCUGCGCCUUGGUGGUGUGGCUAGGGCCGGCGGAGAAGCGAGCGACUCGGAGAUGCCAGGACAUCCUGGAGACUCCAGUGGUCACGGGUGUCCCAGGUCGCAGCUGCGUGCCGCCGCACUCGUCUCACCGUUGGAGUCUUCUUUCGGUUUCUUUCCUCCUGUUCCCAUUCCCCGAAGAAGCCCGGGUGCUCUGCCUCCUGGGGUUUCCCCGAAGAGGAGGCGCGUCGAGUCCGGCCCCUUGGAACAAACCUUGCAACAGGGAUCAGUGCAGUAAGUGCAGUGUGGGGCGCCAGACCCGCGUCCAUCGCCAUUGGCCCUUUCGGACGGGGAAGGAAGCGAAAGUCGCCAAGAACCCAGCCUGGGGUCAGGCUUUGGAGCCUGUGUGGGCGUGAGGCGAGGCGAGAGGAGGCGAGCAGCUGUGUUCCCGGUUAAUUGCUGCCACCCAGCAAGAUGGCCGGGGGCCGCGUGUCCCUGCUCCUGCUGCUGCUGCUGCUGCUGAAUGAGCGAAUUCGGCCAGGCUACACCAAUGAGGGCAGUGUCGCUGGCAGCUGUAGCUGCGAUGAGCGAAUUUCUUCCGGCUCCCCGCCGUCGCCAGGGCUGAUGGACCAUCUCCAGAAGCAUCUCCGGGCUUACCAAAGCUGUACAGGCUACAUCAGGUUCCAACUGCGCAGGAGGAGUGUCUGUGGCGGCAAGCAAGACGACUGGGUUCAGGACUUGCUGCGAUGCUUCAGGCUGCAGGAAUGUGGACAUGCCCACAGGAAGGACCUGGCACAGUACCAGCAUUUCCCUCCUGACAACACUCAAAUCCAGGAGUCUCCAGAUGAAGCACCUGCACGUGUGCACACCACAGCCCACACCAACCCGGCGACCACCCUGCAGUCCACCCAGAUCCCCGGAGUACCGGGCAAUGAAACCACCACUGUGCCUGGGAACCACAGCGUGGGAGCCGGGCCUGAGGCUCAGGAGGACCAGAAACAUCUCGAGGAAAGCUUAGGUCCUGCAGCUAGGACAACAGCCACUGUGCCAGUGCUGAGCCUCCUCGCCAUCACCCUCCUUCUCGCUGGAGUUCUCACAUAUGUUCUGUGCAAGCGCAAAAGGAAGAAGCUCCUGCAAGGUACUCCAGGUGUGCAUUAUGUGUCUGUGUAAUCAAUUUCAAUGUCUGAGCAGCAAAUGGAAGAAUAUGAGCUCCCUGCUGAUC